CAAACCGCUCUCCUGGCCAGUAUGGCCAUGGAAGAAGCGUCUUUGCGGAACGGACAUGCCUUUCCUGCAAGAAUGUCCCAUCCGACCGAAGAUUCGUCAGGGCAUCUCCGACCGGGGAUUCAGCGUGGUCCGAGCGUUAUUCCGGAAGAUAGUGAACCUAAUUCGAGACUACCGAGUCCGAGUGGGAGUUUUCAUAGUGGGAGUGCGGGGCAGUCGGCGUUGACCAGUCUGCUGCGGACUUCGCCGCCCAAUGAGAGGGUGAAGAGUGCUCCUUUGGAUGAUGCCUCCUCGGAUCGGUCUGUCCCUUCCAUCAACAUUUCGCGGGCAGAUACAAUGCCUCGAGAAUCGCAAUUGACCAUGGCGUCAAGUCAUGGCAGUUCCGACCUCAUCGUUAAGAGCCCCGACCCUAUUGACGAGAACUCACCCUUACUACGACCAAUGUCGAGCAGUAAGCCAUCAAUGGACAGACGCCCCUCAACACCAGAGGAAGUACCAACGUACUUCACUAUGCCCCCACCCUCACUGCCCGACAUGGAGGAUGGAAGCUGGCGUCACCGGGCACAAGGACGUCUACAAACGUGGGCCCACACCGGUCGAAAUCAUGCAGAAGAGGCAUUGCGACGAGCACGCAAAGUCAAUCGACGAGAUGUAUGGAAGCAUGGCGUCUUGAGACCCGCAUCCAACCUCCCAGCCGUCGUACUUGGUCUCCUCCUUAACGUCCUCGAUGCUCUCUCCUACGGAAUGAUCCUUUUCCCGCUCGGAACACCAUUAUUCUCCAAGAUGGGUCCGGAUGGUAUUUCCAUGUUUUACGUUUCUUGCGUAGUCUCACAACUCGUCUACUCCCUCGGCGGGUCUGUGUUUAAGGGUGGUGUCGGAUCCGAGAUGAUCGAGGUUGUGCCGUUUUUUCACCAAAUGGCGUUCACUAUCAUGACCGAAAUCGGUGAAGACAACCCGAAGAGUGUCAUCGCGACUACCAUUUUGAGUUUUUCUUUGAGUUCCAUCGUUACUGGUUUGGUAUUUUUUGCGUUGGGGGCGGCGAGAUUAGGGAGUUUAAUCGGGUUCUUCCCGCGGCAUAUCUUGGUUGGAUGUAUAGGAGGCGUUGGUUGGUUCCUUAUCGUUACCGGGGUCGAGGUUUCGGCUAGGUUGGAUGGUAACCUCACAUAUACCCUCGACACGGCAAAACAGUUGUUGGAAGCACAUACCCUCGCAUUAUGGGCCACGCCGUUGCUCCUUGCUAUCGUUCUCAUUGGUCUUCAGCAUCUUUUCCGGCAUCACGCGAUGGUUGUUCCAGCAUAUUUCAUCUCUGUACCUAUGGUCUUUUACAUCGUCGUCGCGGCAGUGCCGAACCUCAACAUGGCCGAUUUGCGAGGUCAAGGGUGGGUGUUUGAUGCUGUCGAUUCUGACAUGCCGUGGUGGAAUUUCUACACGUACUACAGUAUUGAAGCAACCAAUUGGGGUGCGCUGGCAAAGACCUUCCCUGCUAUGCUGGCGUUGACAUUCUUCGGUAUCCUCCACGUGCCCAUUAACGUACCCGCUCUCGGUGUCAGCACGGGCGAAGACAAUGUCGAUGUUGAUCGUGAACUGAAAGCUCAUGGAGUCAGCAACGCACUGUCUGGCAUGAUGGGUAGUAUUCAAAACUAUCUCGUGUACACCAAUUCCGUCCUCUUCAUCCGCACUGGAGGGAACAGUCGGUUGGCCGGUGCCAUGCUUGCAUUCGCUACUGCUGGGAUCAUGUUUAUCGGACCUUCGAUCAUCGGGUACAUCCCCGUCAUGGUCGUCGGUGCACUCAUCUUCCUCCUCGGUAUCGAUCUUGUCAAGGAAGCAUUGGUGGACACGUGGGGUAAACUCCAUCCAUUCGAGUACUUCACCAUCAUGGCGAUUAUUUUCUCCAUGGCUGCGUGGGAUUUUGUCUUUGGUAUCCUCGUGGGUAUCAUCCUGGCUUGUAUCACCUUUGUCGUUCAGACUUCCAGAAAAUCAGCGAUCAGGACGACGUAUACUGGUGCUGUUGCACGGUCUACCGUCCGAAGACACCCUACACAGCAGAAGUUCCUGAAGCAGGUGGGCGAUCAGAUUCACGUGUGUAAGUUGAGCGGGUAUAUGUUCUUCGGUACCAUCUCACGAGUUGAGAGAUCAAUCAGGGAUUUGGUGGAUACUAGGAACUUUACGCGAAGACCGAUUCGGUAUUUGAUUGUUGAUUUCACUUUGAUUUACGGCAUUGACUUUUCCGCUGCGGAUGCUUUCACGCGGUUGAGGAGAUUGUUGGGUGCGAAGGAGGUACAUCUGAUUCUGUGUGGCAUUCGGGAGAAUGGAGAGAUUGCAAGGGCGCUGAAGCAAGUGGAUAUGUGGGCAGACGAGGAAGGGUGGGUGCAAGUUUUCGAAGACUUGAAUUCGGCGCUGGAAAGCUGCGAGAACGAGUUGUUGCAGGCUUUCUAUCAAGCACAAAGAGCAGCGCUACACGCCGACAACAAGGCAAUCGAACGUCUCGAUGUCCCUGAUCAGAGAAGUCAACCCAAGUCGCAGAUGGCCGGUUUCGACGCAAUUGCCAACUCUCCACGUCGUAAUUUCUUGCAGCAAACUGCGAGUUCGACGCUCAAGGAGGAAGUCAACGAGCGCGGCCACGUCGCGCUCGGGAUGUAUACGAAGUUCCGUAAUUUCAAGCAGCCACUUCCGCUAUUGCUGCAGAUCUUUGGAGAGUUCACGAACAAGGGUGAAGAUUUUUGGUUUGGGUUGAGCAAGUCGUUCAAGAGGGUUGAACUGCCGCAGGGUACGAUUGUUUGGAAGCAAGGCGAGGAUGCCGACUGCUUUUACCUCAUUGAGAGUGGCAUUUUGAGAGCGACGUAUGACUUUGAGCAUGGUGAAGCAUUGUUGUCAGAGUCGAUUGUCGCUGGAACGGUUUGUGGAGAGUUGCCAUUCCUCAGCGAGACGCCUCGGACGGCGACCGUCGUUGCUGAGCGCUCGUCCGUGGUAUGGAAGAUGGACCGCUCAGCAUGGACUACAUUGCAGGAGGACAAGGUCGUGAUGAGUGAGAUGUUGAAGAUCGGCAUGAAACUGACCAGUGAGCGUAUCUCUGCUAUCACAUCUUAUGUGCUGACGACGGCCAAAUAAACAUAGCAUGCACUUCGGCAAUUGAAGGGUCCAAUAGCUACUUUAGCAUGACCGCCUUCCGUUUUCCCGUUGGUUUUGACAUGUCAUGUUUUUGGUCGCGCAGUCCGAUUUAGAGUUCUAAGGUUGCGUUGGGUUGCGCGUUUGGUUCGUCGGUCCGCGACGUCGCAUGAGUUGGCAGACAAAGGGAGUUGGCCCGUCAAGAACCCUGAAGAGCUCGAUUGUUGCGAUUGCUUCGAUGGGAAGGCAGUGAAGACCGGCAACAUCAAACCUCCUUCUCCUCAACUAAUUGUCCCGCAUUUAUCCCAGCAUUCAUCCGGCCAAUUCACAUGCAGGGAUUUGUAUCGAACGGGUCCGCUUACUAUGGCUAGCCG